AUGGCUGAUCUGCAAGCACUACGGGAUGAGCUGCUAGGGCAGCUCUGCAGGCGGUGUGCCGGAUGUGACAAGCAUGAUGCCAACGGGGAGGGUGGCGGAACUCAGGAUGGUGGGUCUAAACCGGUGAAGGAGCCGGUGCGUGCGAAGUCCCCGGAGGAAAUUGCCCGCGACUUCAUCAACGCGGAAACCGGGGGCUGGCAGAGCCACUGCAAGGCACGGCAGCGCCUAACCUGCUCCUUUCCCCCCAUCUCUGUCUCGCCCCUGCCUUACUCUCUGCCUGGUAGAGCCACUGCAGGGCGUAGAAGAGCCACUGCAGGGCGUAGAAGGUGCCUAACCUGCUCCUUUCCCCCCAUCUCCGUCUCGCCCCUGCCUUACUCUCUGCCUGGCAAAGCCACUGCAGGGCGUAGAAGGUGCCUAACCUACUCCUUUCCCCCCAUCUCCGUCUCGCCCCUGCCUUACUCUCUGCCUGGCAGAGCCACUUCAGGGCGUAGAAGAGCCACUGCAGGGCGUAGAAGGUGCCUAACCUGCUCCUUUCCCCCCAUCUCUGACUCGCCCCCGCCUUACUCUCUGCCUGGCAGAGCCACUGCAGGGCGUAGAAGAGCCACUGCAGGGCGUAGAAGGUGCCUAACCUGCUCCUUUCCCCCCAUCUCUGUCUCGCCCCUGCCUUACUCUCUGUCUGGCAGAGCCACUGCAAGGCGUAGAAGCCACUGCAAGGCACGGCAGCGCCUAACCUGCUCCUUUCCCCCCAUCUCUGUCUCGCCCCUGCCUUACUCUCUGCCUGGCAGAGCCACUGCAGGGCGUAGAAGAGCCACUGCAGGGCGUAGAAGGUGCCUAACCUGCUCCUUUCCCCCCAUCUCUGACUCGCCCCCGCCUUACUCUCUGCCUGGCAGAGCCACUGCAGGGCGUAGAAGAGCCACUGCAGGGCGUAGAAGGUGCCUAACCUGCUCCUUUCCCCCCAUCUCUGUCUCGCCCCUGCCUUACUCUCUGUCUGGCAGAGCCACUGCAAGGCGUAGAAGCCACUGCAAGGCACGGCAGCGCCUAACCUGCUCCUUUCCCCCCAUCUCUGUCUCGCCCCUGCCUUACUCUCUGCCUGGCAGAGCCACUGCAGGGCAGCCACUGCAAGGCACGGCAGCGCCUAACCUGCUCCUUUCCCCCCAUCUCCGUCUCGCCCCUGCCUUACUCUCUGCCUGGCAGAGCCACUGCAGGGCGUAG